UUAGGCGACACAAAGUAGAUUACAUCCAUAUGGCUAUGGAACAAAAGCAAGUAGAGCGUGAGAUACAAAGCCGCAUUAGUACAGGUAUGACGCUGUUCUCAACCGAUGUCCAAGCCUCAGCACGCGAGCUUCAGUUGGGCAUUAGUUUGGCAGAUGAGAAGCUUGACCAAGGCAGCCACAUGUGGAGCACACUAGUGGCUGGGGGAAAAUGCAUGCUAGGCCAGAUCCUGUACAUCACCAAGGAUUACCCAAGUGCAGUCAAGUACUUGAAGCAGGGAAUAAGUCUAGGGGACUGCCGAGCUUCGUCGUACUAUUAUCUUGGCAGAUCAUAUGCUCGCGUGGGAGCACUGGACGAGGCAUUGGAACAGCUACAUAGAUGCAUCGGUUUGGACGGGAUAGAGUGGCUGGCCUGCAUUGCCAGUUCCGAAGUUCAGCAGGAGUUGAAAAACUAUGUGGAGGCAAGUCGAAUGGCUGCAGAAGCAGCACAACGCGCACACAAUGCUGGUAGCUUCGCGGAUUCUAGCAACUACUGGGCAGUUGCCGGUUCGAUAGAGGUUUUGCACACAGGUGAUUACAAGACUGCGGCAGCCCAUCUGGUUUCUUCCAUGGAGGCGGCUCUCCUGGUGGAGGACCCUGAACUACAGCUCAGUCGGCUGAGUGAUGCAAGUCCGUUUUUAGUUGAUUGCAUAGACACUUACAAAGGCUCCUCGCUUGAAAAUCUAGAGACUGAAACAGCUGAGCCCAGGGAUCAUCUAGAGACUGAAACAGCUGAGCCCAGGAUCCCGCAUGCGCAGAAGGUAGAAAGAUCCUUGAAGCUAAAAAGAGCAGAAGCAUAUGCACAUAUGGGAAUGGCGCAACUUGUACUGCUCAAUUUAGUCGACAAGGCUUGCAAAUGUCUCCAUGCUGGUGCUGAAUUGCUGCUAAGCGAACAUGGAUCUUCCGAAGAUGCACAAGUAAGAGGAGUGCUGUUCAUGUUACAGUACACACUUGCCGGGGUUCGCCUUGAGUAUGGUACACCCGAGGAAGCUUUGGGGCUGUACGCGCAAUGCAAGCUUUUGGCUCCAACACCAAGACUCGAGCUCAAGUGCGAUGUUCACCUGGCUCACUGUGUCAAGCGCCAAGGUCAUUUCCGGGAGGCCACCCAGAUGCUGACCAGGCUUUUGACAAACAAGCAAGGUUUGUUGGCCGAGGAGCGUGAUGUCAACGCUCAACUUCUGUUUGAGCUUGGGCAGAGUCUGCUUGGGACUGAGAACACAAUCCAAGCCGUUAUCAACCUUGAGGCCGCAAGAAGACUCUGGGAGGAAGUGGCAGACACUUCAGGCUGCCUGCAGUGGUGCUGGUGCGUUCUUUUCCAAGCUUAUAUGUUGCUCCAGCGGUUCUCAGAUGCAUUGGAUCUUGCUAAGCUGAUAUCAAGUAACUUGGAGAAACUGGCACCAGGCGCAGAGCAGCUCUGGUACUUGAUCAAUGGGGGUAACUUUGCUUUUUUCGAAGAUCACGAGUUUGUACGGGACAAGCUUACAGCAUGCCUCGACACUGGCAGCCAGGAACACGAUUGGCUGGAAAAAACCAGCAUACUCCUCAAUCUGGGGAACGCUUACCGGCAACUUGGGGACUCGGAUGCAGCUUUGGAGAAAUAUGAGGAAGUGUUUGCCUGCAUUUCUAGGCUUUCGAUACAGGAGGAGGCUCUAGUCCAGGACACUCUGGCAUGCGUGCACCUCAACCGCUCCGUGGUUUACAGGAACCAGGCGCUAGAGGAAAACCAGAGCAGGUGGAUCGAAUUAAGCAACAAGCAACUGACUGAGGCACAAGCAGCAGUGACAAUAUAUCAGCAAGCUGGUCAAGCCCCUUCAGAGCUGGGAUUCGCGUACCUUUCACAAGCAGCUGCUCUCAUCAACCUAAAGAGCUAUAGAGAUGCUGAAGCAUGUCUAGACAGGGCUGAAGCUCUAACUAGCGGCAGCGAGCUUAAAACUGCCAAGGUCAUGCUCGUGCGAGCUGGACUCCUAGAGGGCAAAGAUGAACUCGAGAGAGCACAAGUCUCUGCACACAAGGCACUCUUACUGCUAAUGGAGAUGCAGAGUAGGUUAAGAGGCCUGGAACAUGCAUGGGUGACUUUACUUGCUGGAGACAUGAGGAAGGCCUUCUAUUUUAUGCAGAAGCUGCUUAUUGCAAGCAAUAGGUACAUGGACGCUCUCUUAUGGGCCGAGAGGAGCAGGAUGCGGCUAUAUUUCUACAACAUCAACCAACGAACUGUGCAAGAUGGAGAAGAGGGGGGCCUCUUGCGCUUCGACAGGGAUGACCAGUACGCCAUUGAUUGCAUCCGCGAGGCCGUGACAAGCUGUCCUCCAGGAUCGGCGGUGGUGGAGUACACGUGUCCAACAAGUACGGAGGACGUCUUAUACAUAUACGUCGUUCAGCAGGAGCAGUGUGCAGUUCAUGUGCGGCAGGUGGACUUGAAGAAUUUUUUCAGCAGCAAGCCGAACAAGAGGCUAGGCAAACGCUUGGACGCUCUUGUGAAGCGAACUCGGACAGCCAUUGCCAAGGACACAGCUGAAGUUAAGGUCGGCCUGGGGAUCCUUCACGAGUUACUCAUCGUCCCAGUUCAGGAACUCCUGGCGAGCUGCAGCAGCGUAAUCUUUGCUCCCCAUGACGUCCUGUCACUGGUGCCAUUUGCUGCACUGUACGAUGGAAACGAGUUCCUUGUGAAAAACAAGGCAGUGGGGACGGUACCAUCACUUCGAGCUCUGGGCCGCUGCCUCAUCCGGCAGGAGGAGUUUGCCAAGAGAGACAGAGCAACAGCUUUCGUGGCCGGAAAUCCAGAGCCGAUGGGCCUGGGUCUACCCCAGCUCAAAGGAGCAGCUCAAGAGGCGGGUGAAGUUGGACAACAGCUUGGUGUGGACGCUGUUAUAGGCUCCGGAAUGACGAAGGCACAGGUGAUGAGCAAUAUGAGCAAGGCCAGCGUCGUCGUGCUCGUCACUCACGGGCUUUUGGACCGCUACUUUCAGCAUGGGGCUCUAGUCAUGCAAGCGGGCUCCACAGCGAGUGUUGCUGGGAUGCGAGAAGCUGCGAGCAGUGCUCUAGUCAUGCAAUCGGCGGCUGCGAGUGCUGAAGCUGCAAAGUGCAGAACUGAUGAGGUGAUCACAGCCAAGGAGAUCGAGACACUCGAAGUUCAAGCAGGCUUGGUGGUUCUCAGUGCUUGCCACGCUGGUGAAGGUCAAGUCUCAAGCGAAGGCUUGCUUGGACUGGGGCGUGCUGUGCUUCAAGCAGGUGCUGUUUGUGUUCUGGUCACGCUGUGGAAAGUGAACGACGCUGCAACUCCAGAGCUGGUAACAGGAUUUUUUGACGAACUCCUUAGAGGACGACGUAAUGUUCACGACGCUCUCAGAGCAGCAAUGCUCAGAAUGCUACACUUAGACAUGCCAGUUCGUAUAUGGGCACCUAUGGUGGCCUUUGGUUCGCCAGGACUGAUGUUAAAUUGGUGAGGUUGUGGCUGAAGUGUUGUGUGAUUGAUUGUGGUGUUCGUAUCAAUGUAUGUUAAUUUAUAAAUAUUCAGUCAUUCAUAACACCUUUCAA